GUUUUUAAAAUGGCCUGUAACAGAGUUAUCACUUUUGAUGAAUUCUUGGACCAAAAGCCACCAAUAAAAGAAUUAGUUGAACAAAUUGAUACUAGGAAUGAAUGGCUUAUGUUUGGAGUAAUACUGGGGUUAACCAAAGAUGCUAUAUAUCAGCUACCAAAGGGUGUAAUCACUGGAAAGACUGAAGCAUUGCUUGAGUUAUGGCUACAUGCUCCUAAUGCAAGCAGGAGACAAUUGCUAGAGGAAUUAAGAAAGGAUCCAGAUAAGAAGGAUGUUGCUGACAAUUAUGAAAAGCACCUCACUGAUACUUAUCAGGCAGAAUGUAAACAAUCAUCUGAAAAAGAACCUGCUGAUCAAUGUUUUGUGUCAGGACAGAAAUCAAGGGAAGAAUUAGAUAUUGAAGAAAAACUCAAGACAAAGGACUGUGUGAUUCAAGAGCUGCAAGAUAAUAUUUGUAAUUAUAAAGAACAAAUAAAAGAUUUUGAGGAAAAACUGAGGACAAACAACUCUGAUAUUGAAAAUUUACAGUCUACUUUUGAAGAGAAGGAGAAUGAGUUGCAAGCUGCUGUUCAUUGCAAUGAAACACAGAAAGUUGAUUUUGAGGAAAAGCUGAAGACAAAAGUACAAGAAAUUAACGAUUUAAAGGUCUCUAUCAAAGAGAAAGACAAUGAGUCAGAUUCUAAAAUUCAGGAAUUACAAACUAUUAUCCAUGAAAAGGAAGAAGAAUUAUUGUCCAGUCAAAAAUUGCUUGCAAAGAAGGAGAGAGAAGUCAAUACGCUCAGUGAAGGAAUUACUGCUAAAGAAACAGAGCUAGCUUCAUUCAGAAAACUGUCAGAAGAACAACUACAAGAUUUAGUGGCAUUGAAAUUAAAACUUACUGACAAUCAGCAAGAUAUUGCUGAGAAAGAAUCAAUGAUAAAGUCAACAAAUGAAGAAUUAUUAUCUGUGAGACUACUACUAUCUCAAACACAAGAAGAACUUAAGUUGCAAAGAAAUGAGUUGGAAGAGAAAUUAAAGACACAACAUAGAAUUAGUAAAAUGAAGGAUAGAGAAAUUGAAAGUUUGAAGGCUAUGCUAUACCCAAGAAAUGAGCAAGACAUGAUCACCAGCAUAAAGUGGAGUGAAUCUGAAGUGCGUCUUACUUCUCCAUCAGCAGAGCAGUGUACAGAUGUUCUAACAAGAAUAGACGACAAUCAUCAACAAAUUUAUCUCAGCGAUUCAUCUUCUGAUGUUGCUCAGUUGUUAAUAGUACCUCUGCUGCAGAAGAAAAGUGUUAACAGUUUAUAUAUUUUCUCAACUCGAUUAAGACAUGGCUUCAUUGACCUUUUCUCAUCUCAAAUGUUAGAUAACAACACAUUGGAGAGUCUGCAUCUCAAUCACAAUUCCAUUGAUGAUGUUGGGGUCAUUACUCUAGUGCAAUCACUAAAACAUAACAAGAAGCUUCAGUACUUAUCACUGGAAUUUAAUACUGAGAUUACUUCACUCAGUGUUCCGUCACUUGCUGAAUUUAUACGCAUCAACUGCACAUUGUCUGUUCUUUAUGUUGCUAGCACUAGCAUUGAUGCUAAGGGAGUGCUGGAACUGGUUGAUUCACUUAAAUUCAACAAAAGACUUGGAAAGAUUGUGGUAGAUCAGAAACACAAAGCAAUAUGCUCUCAAUUUGUUAGUAAAACUAACAGACUAGACUUUUCCUAUUCAUCUACCACUGCUUAUGAAAAUACUGGCAUUACCAAGUUUUAAAACCAAUAGAUCUAUUUUGUUUACAUGUGGUUGAUGUGUUAUUGUCUAUUUUUAGUGUCAAAUUAAUUUAAUUUAAUUUAAUUUAAUAAUAAUUUUACAAGAUGAGCAUAAGUAUAAGUACCGAAGGAGAGAGAAAGGGAUAGACGGGGGAUAGAGUCAUUUUGAUGCGAUAACCGCAAGAGCUGCGGAUACCCAGAGAUAAAAUAAUA